AUAAAAGCCAUUCUGGAGCAAGCAUCUAGGUCUCACACAAAAGCACGCACCCCUCGAAUCACAUUGAACAAAUGGACGACCCUCCCCCACCGCACCCCGAACCAAGUGCCUCCGAGUGGGACUACUCUUCCGAAGAAGACCCCCUUGCGAGCAUAUCCCCCUCAGAAAUCACAGUCGCAAUCUUCUGCGCCCUGCCCAUCGAAUCCGUCGCCGUGCGGUACACCCUCGACGAAGAGUUCCAGUGCCGACCGCAACAACGCAAUCCCCAAAACAAAUACGUCUUCACUUACGGGCGCAUCGGCGAGCAUAAGGUGGUGCUCGCCCGGCCGCAUCAGAUCGGUCCCGUCAAGGCGGCCCUGUGCGCCGCGGCGGUCAGCGGGCUGUUCCCGACCGUGCGGUUCGCGCUGAUGGUGGGCAUCGGAGCGGGGAUUCCCGGCAAGCGGGAUAUCCGGCUGGGGGAUAUUGCUGUUGGUGUGCCGAGGGAGAAUCAUCCGGGGGUGGUGGAGUAUGAUUUGGGGAAGUAUGAGAAGGAUGGCUUUGUCUUGAAGGGGGCGUUGAACAAGCCACAUCCGGUUCUGGUUAGUGCGGAUGGCGCGUUGGAGGAGGAGGAGAUCAUGGGGCGGAGGCCGCUGCGGAGGGUCUUGAGGGAGCUGAUGCGAAGGCCCGGGUAUGGACGGCCGGAGCUGGAGGAUGUGCUUUAUGAUCCGGGAUUUCAUCAUGUAAACAAAGGGGAGAGCUGUUGGGCGUGUGAUGUGGCUGACGAGAGGAAGGUUGUUGCUCGUCCGGUGCGCGCGGGUAAGGGAGGGUAUCCGGUCGUUCAUCGGGGGUUGAUUCUCUCCGGACGUGGAGUGAUCAAGAAUCCUGAGGAUCUAGAUCGUCUCCGUCGCGGUCAGGAUGAUGCCAUCUGUUUUGAAAUGGAGGCAGCCGGAAUCGUGGACGAGAUCCCCUGCCUCGUGAUCCGCGGGAUCUGUGACUACGCGGAUACACACAAGCAGGACGGGUGGCAUCGGUACGCUGCAGCGGUGGCGGCGGCGUACUGCAAGGCGGUACUGUGCAAGAUUGAUGGCCCUGAGGAGCUCAAAGAUCCCGUGAAGCAAAGGACUGGCGACGCGUUCGGAGAGUGUGAUUUCGCAAUGUCGCGCCACCAUCCUCACUCGGACAAUCUGCCCUGGUCGGAUGCCGCUGCUGCCGUACCACGUCGCUUGCUCCCAACUUCGGAGAUUUCCACAAGCACGUUUUGUCAGGAUGCCACGAAAUCGCGUGCACCGGCACGUUGGUUCGAUGACUGACUCAGUUAAACUCCAGAAUUAUCAGGAUGGAUGCGGAUCAGUGCUGGAGGCUGCAUUUGGAGUAAAGGUCCAGGGACCAGGACCCUUUUCUUGCUAGUGUGUAUAGUGUACGUAGUUAUCAGUGGACAAGGGCGGAGAUUACUCGGGCUUGGUCCCUUACUUACCGAGAUUAUACCGAUUGCAUUUAAC